UUAGAUAAAAAACAAAAAUCUUUAGUAAUUAAAAAACUAAACGAAAUUUUACCAAUUCUUGAAUUGAAACAUUUAAAGCGAUUGAAAAACAAUACGAUUUUAUUAACGUUAAUUGACGAAAAAUGGUCGUUAGAUUAUUUAAAAGAAUUUUUAAUAAAAAAUUGUUUAAACAAUUUUAAUUUAUCUGAUGUUUAUACUACUGAAGUGCCAAAAUACGCGCCUAAAGUUCGAAAGCAGUUUGAUAUUGCAAAUGAAGUAUGGCCGUGUAAUUUUCAUCCGAAUAAAUAUUACGAGAAAUUAGUUUCAAAUAUUUUAUUUUCGGAUACAGAAUUAAGUACUCAUGUACAAUUUAUGCGGGUAGCAAUCGAAGUAUCAAAUUUUGUUAAAGAAUUCGAUAAUAUAAAAGGCUCCCCAAGAGGUGUUGUAAUUACAGAUCCAACAACUAAUUCAAUAGUUGCUAUCGGAUAUGAUAAUCGACUGAAUCAUAAAUUACAACAUUCCAUUCUAAUUGGAAUAGAUUAUGUUGCUCGAACUCAAAAUGGUGGCGCCUGGAACUUUAGUGACCAUUUUAUUAAUCAAAAGAAUAAUGUUAAUAACGGUACUUCCGGAGUUCCAAUUUUAAUUAAACAACAUUUAUGUAGUAAAUUUAAUAAUUUAAAGUUUAAUUCAAAUGAAGAGGAUGUAACAAAAUCAUCCAUUGACGUCAAAGUAUCACCAACGGUAUCGUAUUUAUGCACAGGAUAUGACGUAUAUGUAACACACGAACCAUGUUUUAUGUGUUCAAUGGCAAUUGUACAUAGUCGUGCUAAGCGUGUAUUCUACGGUGUUCCGACAUUAAAUGGUGCACUCGGUACAAAAAUUAAAUUACAUACGAAUAGUGAUUUAAAUCAUCGAUUCGAAGUGUUUAUGGGCUUGUUAAAAGAUGAAUGUUCUAAACUAUAG